AUGCGGGUGUCUGGAGGGCUGCUGGCAACAUUGGUCACCGUCGCGAGUACCUCGUCGAGGCUGGACCCUUUUUAUAACAGCGCUUCCGUUCGUGCUCCAGAGGGAAACAACUGGAAGGACGACCUCAAGACCGGCGAGGGCGGAGUGAUGGAGCUUGAUGCCCCGGGCCCCGCCGCAGGCCUGAGUCACGACCGCCGAUCCGGCUACCUCUUCGUCGCUGGGGCAUUCAGCGGCACGGGACGCGUGUACGAUGAAGACUUCGCUUUGGUUGCCGAUCUGGCCUUUGGUGACGUGGGCACGUCGAUGAUAAACGACGUUGUCGUCACGAAGACCGCCGCGUUCUACACGGACUCGAUUCACCCUCACAUCAACAAGGUCACAGACAACGACAGUCCUCUGAUCGUUGUCAACAGCGAAUCCCAGCAGGUUUACGCCGUUGACCCUGACACCGGCGACGCAACUGUGGUCGACCUCGGCGGCGACGUCCUUGGGCCGCGCGGCGAUGGGCUGGUGCUGCGCAAGGACACACUGGUCUCCGACAACGUUCUCGAGAAGAUUUAUGAGGUUCAGGUGUCUCUCUCGGCUGACCUGUCCUGCGGGUCGGUGGCGACCCGUACGCUAUCGAACCCCCUCUUCGACCGCCAGACCACGGCGAUGCCCAAGGGAAACUCUAUGUAUGCUGUGAACGCCAAUCUCGACGUGGCCGAAGAGGUCAUAACAACCACGGCGUAUGAGAUUGUCCGUGUCCACCGAGACGGCGGAGAACUGGCGUGCGAAGAAUGA